UUCGGUUCUAGUUUCAUAUCAUUUUUUAAUAUUUCAAAUAUGGAAAUGUAGAAGAUGUUCAGCUAUUAAUGGUUAUUUGGUUUGGUUCGAUACCUUUUAAUUCGGUUUAAUUUUUCAAUUCAGAGUAAUAUGCACCUACUUACCAUAGAGUGAAACUAUUGUUUUAACGAUUAUUCUUUAUUUGAAACCAAUGAUGUUCCAUUAUUUGCAAAACAUUUCAAAAUAGAAUUGUUCAUAGUUAUGUGCCAUUGGAUUAUAGAUGGCAGAUCUCGGCAGUACUAAUAUGCUAUUGUAUUAUUGUCUCCUUUUGUACAUGUAUUAUUAUUGCUUGACAUCAUUAAUAUAUUACUGUAUAUUGAAUGUGAAAACUCCCGACAGAAAAGAAAAUUGAAAGUGAAAAUUAUAGUUAUUCAAAAAGAAAUAUCCCCAAUAUGCAUAUAAGUACUAUAUUCAAAUUCACAAAGUACGUUUGUUACAAUUUGGAGCAUAUGGAAUGGGACAGUGUCAAUGCAAAAUGCAUCAUAACAUAAGAAACAAUAUAGUACAAUGUUCUUUAUUAUGUUUAUUUUUUGUCUAACUCUUUGCUCUCUUGCGUCCCUUUCCAAUGCACUUUAAUAUUAAAUGAAGUUUUCCCAUUUUCUUGCUAAACUUAUAGUCUUAUUUCGGGUAUAAAUAACCUUAUCCAUAUACAAAGUAUCAAAAGGUGGAGAGGUAUCAUAACAAUUAGAGGACAUACACAAAGCAAAAUAUUUUGUUAAAUAGAGAAUGAGUCCAGUGGCUGCAACGAGGUGGUGCCCGACGCCUGAGCAACUGAUGAUCUUGGAAGAGAUGUACCGGAGCGGCAUACGGACUCCUAAUGCGGUGCAGAUACAACAAAUCACAGCUCAUUUAGCUUUUUAUGGACGUAUCGAAGGCAAAAACGUCUUUUACUGGUUUCAGAACCAUAAGGCGAGAGAUAGACAGAAGCUGAGGAAGAAACUCGCUAAGCAACUUCACCAACAACAACAUCAUCUCCAACUCCAGCUCCAACACAUCCAGCCCAACCCAAUAUCUCAACCACUUAGUAACAUCAUUGAUCCUCAUAAUCAUUACCAUCACCAUUAUAAUCAUCAUCGUCCUUAUGAUCAUAUGUCUUUCGCUUGCUGCUCUCAGCCUUCUCCCAUUUGUCUUUCUCAUCAGGCCAUUGGAGUAGAAGCUCAAAGCAAAGUGCUGAGUGAACAUUACUGCAACAAAAGUGGACGUGAGGAUAUGUUGAUGCAAAAACCAAUCACGGGUCAAAACACUUCGUACGGUCGAGAUUGGAUGAUGAUGAUGAUGGAUAUGGGCCCACGACCAUCAUAUCCCUCAUCAUCAUCAGUACCCGUUCCAUAUUGCAACAUGAUGAUGAACAGUCCAAAGAUACCACUAAAAACCCUCGAACUCUUCCCAAUCUCAUCCAUCAACUCCAAACAAGACAGUUCCAAACUUUAAAGAAAAAACAACAACAAUAGAGAUUCUGCAGGUGUUUCAUUCAUGUAUGAUGCGUCAAUGGCUACUACGAGGACGCGUGUAUUUGGGGGUAAAGUAAUAGCCGUUGGACAAAAUUACAUGACAUCUCUCUCUCUCUCUCUCUUUUCUUUCUUAUGUCUCUAUCUCAGCAGUAGAAUUAAUGGGAAGUUUUAAUAAUUUAUAGAAAUAUGUUUUUUACAAGUUGCUUGAUGGAGUUGGGACUUGAGAGCUAUUAUGAGUUGUAAAAUUGGGUAUCUUGGUUUCUGCAAUUGCAUGCAUGUGUAGGCUAUUGUCUUUAGGACUAGACAAUGAGAAAGUUCUCAUUUGUCUAAUGUGUAACAUCACUCUUUAUUUUGAUGUGGUCACCUUUCGCUUUGAUGUGUACCAUGAUUCUUCCCUUUUUGUUUUUAUUUUACUUUCCCAUGAUAAUAAUAAUUGAAUAGUGAUUACAAACUUUCUUGAUUUCGAUAAACUAAUUGAUGCCAAACUUCACAUCAUGUUAAUAUACUUUCGUAUAUAUAUAUAUAUAUAUAUAUCCGCCGUAAAUGUAAACACAUGUUUCGGUUUUAUUAUUAGAUGAUAUUUUUUUUUCAAAAAGAGAUUAAUAUUUGAAGGAACAAAUAAGAAAUAUUUUAAAUAAAAACAAGAAAGGAAAAGAAAAUUAUGAAACAUGAUGAAUAUAUAUAAGGGCUUAUUUGCUAAAUUACCAAAAAAAAAGUGAUAUUAGAUUUUUAGAGAGAGAGUAGAGAGAGAUAGGAUGAGAAAGUAGGAGAGAGUGGGUGUUUUUAGUUAGUUAUGGACUGUUUGUUUUACCAUUUGUCAUCUCCAUCCAAAUGAUUCAUUUGUAUGAUCUAUUCAAAUGAUCCAUUCAGAUUUUUGUGAUUGUUUGUUUGUCCAUCCAUAUAGCUCAUCUAAAUGAAUCAUCUAAAUGGAUCUUAUGUUUGUUUCUUUAUUUUUAUUUCCAUUCAAAUGAGUUUAG